AGAGAGGGAGAGGGCUUAGGGUCGAAUGCACAGGUUGAGAAGUGAACCAGUGACGAGGUUUCAUACAGGGAACAAAAAGAGGAAAGCCGAGCCUCUGCAGCACGAGACCGACACACAGGAAGCACCUUUGGCAACUCCGGGCUCCAACAGAAGGACAAACAACAACUACGAGGAAGAAGUGGACCGGACUUGAAACGCCCGUCUCAGAUCCGAGGUGGACCUCGACCCGACCCGACUCGGCUCUGCUCGUCCCCAAGUGAAAGAUGCUGUGGCGGUUGACUCUGGCCGUGGCCGUGGUGAGCGUCGGCGGCAUAUGCAGCUGCAUGAAGACGGACCUGAUGAGCCGGCUGAUGAUGCCGAGGGACUACGGGGUGAAGCUGUGCGGCAGAGAGUUCAUCAGAGCGGUCAUUUUCACCUGCGGCGGCUCCCGGUGGAGACGAUCCACGGGGGGGGGCAGAGAUCCCUUCCAGUGGAGUUCCCUCAGUGACGUUACAGUGGAGGACAACCAGCACACCUGGCAAUCGGGCGCUGAGUUUGCGGCCGACGACCUUUCCCCUCCCCAAAAGGGCCGCUCCCUCUCCCUGGCAGACCUCCUGGCUCUUUACGGGGCCCCGGGGGACACGCCGUCGCUCACUGACUUGGCCCUUCAGCAGACCGCGGUUUUAGGCCAGAGGGACGGGAACUGGGCGGCGGCGGCAGCCGACGGCGGCGGCAUCACCAGCAAGCAGAAGAGGAACUUUUCUCUGGGUGUGGCGGGAAAGUGCUGCAACCAAGGCUGCACCAAGAACGAUAUCGGACGCUUGUGCUAAGGGGGAUGGGGGGGGCAUGAAGACGGUGUGAUGGACAUGUGUGGAGGGACGUAGAAGGAGAGUUUACAAUUUAAAAUGUUCCCUUUA